UAAAAUUUUGUAAUUUAAAAAAUAAGUUUUUGUUUAGUUGGAGGUGGGAGUGACGUCACUUUGAAAUGACAAAGAAUUUCUAACCAAAAAAUUCUCGGAGAAAAAUAUUGUAAUGACUAAAAUUCUUGUUGUGACAAAUGUCUGGUAGAAAAUAAAUGUCUGGAGAAUUUAUAGAGCCAUGAAUUCGUCAAACAAGGAUGACCAGAGUCAGGAUGACCAAGAUGCUGAUCUGGAUGAAGUCGAACCGCGGCUGAAGUAUGUAAGGAUGCAGAAUGAUAUUAAGAAUAUUUUACAAAAUGAUGCUGCUUCUUGUAUCGCAGUCCAUCCUAAGUUUCUUUGCCUGGGCUCGCACAUGGGUAAAAUCCACCUGCUCGACCACCAGGGCAACAACAUCCAGUCAAAAACAUUGCAAGCCCACUCUUUAACAGUAAACCAGGUCUCAAUAGACCAAAACGGGGACUACAUAGCCUCUUGCUGCGACAAAGGUAAAAUCUUUAUCUACGGCUUGUACACCCGAGAGAACAACAACAUAAUAAACCUCGAGCGUCAAAUAAAAAGCAUCGCCCUAGACCCCGCGUUUUCCAAAUCGGGAACCUCCAAGCGCUUCAUAACCGGAGACGACAAGCUGAUGCUCUACGAAAAGACUUUCCUAUCCCGCUUGAAACUUACCGUUCUAAGCGAAGCCGAAGGCGGAGUAAGAUCAGUAGCUUGGGCCGGACAAUUCGUAGCCUGGGCCUCUGACACCGGAGUCCGGUUGUACGACCUCAACGCCCGUUGUUCCCUAGGCUUAAUGAAAUGGCCUCGAACCCCCGAAGCGCCUCCCGAAAACUACCGAUGUAACCUCCGUUGGAACGGGGACCGAACCCUGUUGAUAGGUUGGGUGGACACUGUCCGAAUCUGCCAAAUCCGCAAGCGCUCCCAUCAGGAAAUGGUCAACAGAAACCUCCCCGAAUUCGCUGUAGACCCAAUCUCUACCUUCCAAGUCGACUUCUACAUCUCCGGAAUCGCGCCCUUAGAAAACCAGCUGGUUCUCCUUGGAUGUCUCAAAGAGCUGAGCGACAAGGGAACUAGCCAAAGACCCACCCUCCACGUGGUAGAACCCAAGUACCAAGAUUUCGUAGACGUAUCCGCGAAUUUCCUGGGAUUGAGAGGCUACGAAGCCUACAACUGUAACGACUACCACCUAGAUUGUCUCCCAGACGAAAACCGGUUCUUCAUAGUCUCUCCUAAAGACAUAGUAGUCGCAAGUCUCUACGACGCAGACGACCGGAUUGAGUGGUUGCUCAGCCACAAGAAGUUUGAACAAGCUCUAGAAGCCGUUACCGUAAACGGCGGCCGAGAUUGCAAGAGACACACUCUAAUUUACGUUGGCAGGGUCUACCUAGAUCACUUGCUAGCUUGUGGAAAGUACGACGAGGCAGGAAAACUCUGCCUGAAAGUCCUGGGUCGGGACAAGAAGCUCUGGGAGGAAGAGGUCUAUAAAUUCGCUAGGGUCCACCAAUUGAGGUCUAUCUCUUCUUAUCUCCCCAGAGGAGACGUUACUUUAGAUCCUCUAGUUUAUGAAAUGGUACUUUACGAAUACCUGAAGAUGGACCCUGAUGGGUUUCUUCAGUUGGUCAAAGAAUGGCCCGCUAAACUGUACACAGUAGCGGCAGUAGUUAACGGAGUGCUGGAGCAUCUUCUGGUUCACAAUACCCGGCAAAAUGUCUUGCUGGAGGCCCUGGCUAUUCUGUAUAGCCACGACGGAAAGUAUGACAAAGCUCUGGCGAUGUACCUAAAGUUAAGGCACAAAGACGUUUUCCAGUUGAUCCAAAAGCACCAAUUGUACAACGCGGUUUAUGACAUGAUUGAAGGUCUGAUGGACCUGGACGCUGAUCGGGCGACCCAGUUUUUCCUGGAGAAAGAUAGAGUCCCGUCGGAAGUAGUUGUUGCCAAGUUGCAGAACAAUCCGAGGUAUUUGUACUUGUACUUGGACGCUUUGGAUAAAAGGGAUACUAAAGAUUCUAAGGGAAAGUAUCAUGGUCUGCUGAUCAGGCUGUACGCGGACUACUCUAGGGAUAAGUUACUACCUUUGUUGAGGAGGUCAGACAACUAUCCGAUCCAGUCUGCGUUGGAUAUUUGUAGCCAAAGACAGUUUUAUCCAGAAAUGGUGUAUUUGUUGGGGAGAAUUGGAAACACAUCGGAAGCUUUGGGAUUGAUGACUCGCGAGCUUAAUGAUAUGGAAUCUGCGAUUGCGUUUUGUCAGGAGCAUGAUGAUGAAGAGUUGUGGAAUGAUCUUAUUAAUUAUUCGUUGAGCAAUCCGGAGAAUAUUACCUUCUUGCUGCAGAAGAUAGGGACUUAUGUUGAUCCGAGAUUGAUGGUCCAGCGGAUUGCUCCUGGAAUGGAGAUCCCUGGGCUGAAGAAAGCUUUGGUGAAGAUGAUGUGCGAUUAUAAUCUUCAGGUGUCGGUUCAGGAAGGAUGUAAAAAGAUUCUUUCUAAUGAUUACUUUAAUUUGCAUGAGCGGUUGGUCAAAGCGCAUCAGAAAGGACUGUUUGUUGAUGAUGAUCAGAUGUGCGGAGCUUGCCACAGAAAGGUUAUUGUUAGGGAUCCGAGGAAUCUAGUCGUUUUUUACUGCAAACAUUUGUUUCAUGAAGAUUGUUUGCCGGACUUUGAACAGAUUGAAAACUGUGUCAUUUGUAAUCCGCAGAAGGAUAAAGUUAUUAGUUAAGCGGCGAGUUUGUUAAAGUUGUGUGUCGACAAGAUGGCCGGAUAGUUGGCAUUAAAUGACGAAGACGGGAAAAUUUUUAAAUUUGAAUGGAGCAUAGUUUACUUUUGUAAAUGAAAAAUGUGAGCAAUAUGGAUAGAAAAUUUUUAUUUUCGUCUUACUGCCGAGCUUUAAUAGAAGAUUUGUUAUUGUAGGCGCUAAUUAUAAAUUAUUUUGAUUGUCGGGCCAAUUGCAACAAAAAGAAACGCCAUUUUGAGGAAAAUUAAUGAAUUUGCAUGAUUUUUUGUAAGCUUAAACAUUUUUUUAUUGUUUAAAUUGGUUAGUUAGCGCAAUAUGACAAAAUGGCGUUCUUAGUGGCAAUUAUCAUAAGUAUUACGCGAGUUUCGUAUGUUUCUUUUUUGAGUUUUCAUAGAAAUUUUUUUCCGAACAAUAAUGUGAGCUGUUUUGAUUCUUUUUUAUGUUUUAAAUUGAAAACAAUUGUUAUAAUUACGUUUAUAAAACAAUGUACAUUUCAAUAUAGGAAUCUUUUUGUUCUAUCAUGAUAAACUUGGGUUCGAUUCUCGGCGUCGGUAAAAUAAUGAAAAUUAAAAAUAAUAUAUUAGAAU